AUGACGUCCUCAGCAAGCCGCGAACCCUACAGGGGAUCCUGUCGCUGCGGCCACAUCCGCUACGUGGCCUACAUCACCUUGCCUCCCGCCAUCAGUCCCGAGGGCAAAGUCGACCGUUACUCCUCCGUCCACUUCUACAAGUGCAACUGCACCGCGUGCCUCAAGUUUGGCCUCUUCCACAUGCGUCUGCCCAAGGCCACCGAAGACUUCUACCUCCUCUCCCCUCUCGAGCCGGAGAAGGAACUUACGGACUACAAGAUCCUCGAGGCCGGAUCUUCGUGGUAUUUCUGCCCUACUUGUGGAGUACGCUGUUUCUCUUUUAGAGGGAAGGGCAAGGUGGAAGAUGUCGAGCUCGAGGAGUGGGUUACAAAGCCGGCCGAUAUGACGGACACGAAGGCUGCUGCUGCUGCUGGAGGUGAAGGGUCGAAGAAGAUCACAACAAAGGCAUGGAGGAUCGAGAAGGAGGGCUGGGACGAAGGGAAGAGAACCAGCUACCUUUCUAUCAACGUGCAGACCCUUGAGCCGGAAGACGGGCUCGACCUCAGAGAGCUCGUCGACAAGAAGUGGCUCGGGUUCAUUGACUGUCGUGAGUUCAAGGAGAAACAACGCUUCGACCGUCCACAGACAGGUGGUUCAUGGUGA